CUGGUCCGCGAGGCAUCUACGCACCGAGCACACGCGCGGCAGCAGCAGCAGCAGCAUCGGAGGAAAAUUAAAACACAGAGUCCCAACCAGGGACAGACAGGGUCCAACAACGUCCCAUGUCCGAACCAAACACCGCCACCUACAACGUUAAAAGGAGGGAUAACGACGCUUUUUAAAGUGCACUAUUCCCGGUUGUUUUUAACGCCAGGUAUUGAAGAAGUGUGUUCACUGGGAAGUUUACUAACGUUACUUACAGCAGCAGCAUGAAAGCCGGUGUGGACAGGAGAGCAUCAAUCUAAACUUCACUGACUCCGUAAACUCGGUUUAGGUUUAUUUCGCCGAACUAUCUGCGUGAAACCUGCAUUAUUUUCCAAAAGAAGCUUGCUUUUUUGGACUGUGGUUGUUUCUCUGUUUGGUCGCUGAGGGACUCGCCAAAACAUAUAACUUUGUUAAAAAAAUAAAAAUAAAAAUAAGGUUAUCAGACAUUCACAGAGAUAAGAGAAGAAAGACGGAGAAGUGGAUGUAUAUUGAGCCAUGGAUGUAACAGUUUACCCGCCUCCUCCUCAGUCUCUGGCCGCGUCAGACCACACCAGGCUUGGGCAACUCUCCUACCCUGACCCGGCCUUUGGUACCAACAAGCUGGAUGGGGACACCAUGUUCCUGGGUAUGCCAGAAGCAGGCCUUGACUUUGCCUCAACUAAUCAGUUUCGUGUGCCACAGCCCCCUCACCCUCUCAGCAAGAUGAACCCACCCUCACAGCACUGGAGGAGGGACACACACAUGCCUGACACACACCGUCUGCCUUGGUCAUACUCAGUGCAAGGUUUGGGCGAUGAGGACUUCAACAUCCCGCCCAUCACUCCCCCCACCCUGCCAGACCACAUGCUGCCCCCCCACCUCCCCCACGAUUCCCGCUCUGGGCCGUACCACCCUCUGGACCCCCCCUCCAGCUCAGCUCCGCACCACCCCUACCAGCUGCAGGGUAUGGAUCUGCCUGGCAUGCCUGGUAGCCAAGAUGGAAAUGCUAUGUUGAACCAAGAUGGUGGCACAUUCAGUCCGGAUGGCGGCCCUAUGACCAGUACACUGUCUGUGAUGCAGCAGAUGGUGAACUCUGAUUCUCGGUUUACCAGCAGCCAACAGCCAAUCGAAGCUGCGCUUGGACCCAGGAGCCAGUCAGGCAUGAGCCAGCAAAGUCAGUUGUCCACCAUCAACCAAUCGCAGCUGGGACUCAGUGGAAACUCUGUUACCCAUAGUUCUCCUUCACCUCCUGGAAGUAAAUCUGCAACACCAUCUCCCUCCAGUUCAGCACAUGAGGACGAGAAUGAUGACGGACUCAGGCUGGGCAGCGGAGCAGAGAAGAGGCCAGCAACAGUGGACAUCUCCAAGAAACCCAAAACACCAAAGAAGAAGAAGCGAAAGGACCCUAAUGAGCCAGUGAAGCCAGUGUCUGCGUACGCCUUGUUCUUCAGGGACACCCAAGCCAACAUCAAGGCCCAGAACCCCAACGCCACCUUCGGGGAGGUGUCAAAGAUUGUGGCCUCCAUGUGGGACGGCCUGGGAGAGGAAGAGAAACAGAUGUACAAGAAGAGGACAGAGACGGCUAAGAAGGAGUAUCUGAAACAACUGGCUGCCUACAGAGCCAGUCUGGUAUCACAGAGUUACAAUGAUCCAUCUGAAAUGAAGCCGCCCCACACUUCCUCCACACCUUCCUCUACCUCAAUGUUCACACCCAAACCUUCAGUCUACUCUGGUCACCCAGGCCAGCACCAUUCCUCCAGCUCACUGGCCCACCCUCACUCCCUCCCUUCCCAUCAGCACCCGAGCAUGUACAUGCCGUACCCUCACCAAUCGCACCCUUCCAACGCCUCAAGCCCUGGCCUCAGCCCGCACCUGCCCCAUCAUCACACGCAGAUCCACCCCCAGCUCCAUGCUCUGUCCUCCAGAGGGACCGUGCCGCGGCCCAGCGUCCCCCACCAGGGAGGUCUGUCCCUUGGCAACAUGGUGGCGGCGUCCACCCCUCCUCUCCAGGUCAGCCCUCCCCUCCACAGCCAGGCACACCUGGGAGGGCUGCACAGUCCGCACCAUCAACACCACCAGCACCAUCAACACCACAAGCACCAGCAGCUCAGUGGACACUCACUGGGAAUGACGCACUCGCCCGGCAUCACACAGGGCUACCACCCGUCCCUCCAGUCUGACUACCAGCCAAUGGGAGGAGGUAUGCUUAAUGGUGGAGCAGUGAUGUCAUCAUCAGUGGACUACCAUCAGCUGGGUCGACACACGCCGAACCACCACCCCUCUCUGGACUGGAGCACUGAUUACCAUGGCAAUGGCGGUCUGCAAAGAGACAAACACCUCUAUCUGAGCUAGUCUCAGGACAAAGUGACACCAAACUUCAACCGAGCCCUUCGGCUGCCACACCGUGGAACCUCAGCCUCAUCUCCCCUCAUCUACAGGAACCCGGGCCAGCCUCCUCCCACCUACACUUAAACUAAACUCGAGUUCAGCACUUCAGACAAAAGCCCUAGCAGUAGAAUAAUGGGACAUUUCUGUGUAUUAAUACUUUUGCCGCAUUUCCACUGCACGGUACGGCUCGACUCGACUCACUCGGAACCGUGCUUUUUGGUUUUCCAUUAGCAAAGGUUGAGGAUGGUACCGGGUACUUAUUUUUGGUACCACUUGAAUCGAGUUUCCAAGUAUGCUGAGCCGAUACUAGAAGGUGGCGUUCAAACACUGCAGACCACUGAUUGGUCAGAGAAUCGUCACCAGAAUGGGCACUUGCGCAACGCGGUAUCCCGUGACCUACACAAACCCAGCAAUUAUUAAUAACCAAGCUACCGUCAAUGGCAACCGCAUAAAAAAAAAAAAAUUCACUUAAGUGAGACCCUGGCAUGAUCAGUGGACGAGGUGCAGAUGUUCCUUUGUUUGGUUACUGAUGAAAGGAUUUAGCAUUGUGUCGCAGUUGUACUAACGUCCUGCUGUUGCCAAAGGAAAAUUAGCCGGCUGGCUAACACUGGCACAUUUACAGAACGGUUGAUUAAUGUGCAUUUUCCUUAGUAAUAAAUUAAUGAAAUUAAAGAUAAUGUCACAGCAGUUUUUGGCGGCGUUGCUGUGACCAUCAGCUAAAAAUCCCACCUAAAUUGACGGGUACUAUCUGCGCUGGAAAACAAACUCUAGAAAUGUACCUGGUACCAAAAGUGAGUCGACUAGAGUCGAGCUGAGCCGCACCAUGCAGUGGAAAUGAGGCAUUAGAAUCUUCUUAGGGACAACAGGCCAGCGUUAAGAACAGGAAGAAGAAAAUACUUUCUUCCAAUUUCUACAUGUCCCAUCAUGGCUGGUCUGACAUCGGUUAUCGGCUGGGUUUUCUUCUACUGACCAUUUACAGCAUAAGCCAUGUACGGUAAUGCUUUGAAUUGAAAUUGUGUGUACCAGCGAUCAGAGGUGGGCGAGUCCUGUGCCAUGAUUAUAGGUGUAUAUACUCCCACAUCCCUCAGAAAGGGAUAUUCUGUCUAAUUUCCUGUCUGCCCUAAAAAGUCCAUAUCUAGUUCCUUAUUUUGUGAAGACGGCGUUUACCGUCAGUUCCAAAAGGCUCCGAAGAGCAAGUGUAAAUUGCUGUAUCAUAAUACGUUGAGCUGUCGAUUUAAAGCCAAUUGAUUUUUUUUUCUUUGACCUCAUAGCUGCUGUAUCAUUGUACAGCCAAAGUCGAGAAAACGCAGCACACAAACGAUAGGUUGAUAACCAAAUACUACACAAGUUGUGUUUCCCCCGCUGGUUCUUUAAUUAUACGAUUAUAAGCAUUCGAUUUGAUGCAGUUUGGACCGAAGUCCCACACACUGUCUGUAGAUAUAGAAAAAGGUAUCGCAGUGUUGAACAGUGUCAUAAUGAUUGAAUUCACACUGCUUUAUUCAGCUCAAGACAAAUAAGAGAAAGAGGUGGAACAGCACCUGAAGCAGUUUGUUGCCUUUUUAACCAGCUGCUGGCUGUGAAUAAUUGCGUGUGAUUAAAGAACUUUUCUUGUUCUCUCGCAGUGAGGCUCAGAUCUGCAGGGUCGAAAUUAAAUGUAUUUUACUCCAUGAAAUAAUGAAAUGUCAAACAAUUCUUUGUUAAAAAAAAAAAAAAGGAAAAGAAGCAAAAAUACUCCUUUGUACGAUGACAGCUCCUCAUCCUGGCAUAUGUCUGUUAAUAAUAUUGAUUUGGAUCCAAACUGCGUGUAUGUGUGUGUGUGUGUGUGUGUGUGUGUGUGUGUGUGUGUGUGAAGUGUUAAUGAGAAGGCAGAGUGGUUGAUUGGGUUGCAUGGUCUCUUUUGUCAUCUCUAUUUCUCUGUGCACAGAGACUAUUUAAGAAACUAUAACUGUUGCUGGGUUGGCUGUGUUUUAAUGUUUUUUUUUUUAAUCAAAUCAAGUUUUGUUUUAGUGUUAAUGAUGAGAGACAAAUCCCUGUCGCUCUGUAUCUCUUUGUAUUAAUGUGUUUUUUUUGGCAGAUGAAAGGACUCUGGGCAACAACAACCAUGAAGAUUUUCUUAUUUUUAGAUUCUAAUGUGUUUGAGAAUAAAGUCAGUGCUGCAUUGAUGUGCAGCCAUUACUCCAAAA